AUGUUUUUGGCUUUAUAUCCAAUUGCUACCAUAUUGGUGCUUGUUUCUGCCGCAGAUAAUCCGUAUGCCACCUACCCAUCCGUUGCAAAAACUGCUUCUAUCAAUGGUUUUGCCGACAAAAUCUAUUCCUUAUUGCCAGAAUGUGCUAGAUCUUGCGUAGAGUUGUCCACUUCCUCUACUCCAUGUCCAUACUGGGAUACUGGAUGCCUCUGUGUGAUGACUCCAUGGGCCUCAAAUGUUGCUGACUGCAUCGCCCAGAACUGUCGGGGCAAUGAAGUCAAGCAAGCGACUUCUUUGGCAAUUUCCCUCUGUUCGGUUGUUGGAGCCUGGGAACCUUAUUGGAUCAUAGACCCUCCUGCUUCGGCUUCUUUAAUUGCUGCUGCUGCUUUAGAACCAGAGACCACUAGUGACGACACCACCAGCUCUGCCGGUCCUGAGUCUUCGGUGGCCCCACAUACGUCUGCUGCACCUGAGACUACCACUGAUGAGACCGAAGCUACUACUUCUAAUGUAAACACUGAUGAAAGCUCUUCUGCCACUCCUCGUGAGACUGGUAGAUCGUCUGAAGAAACUUCUUCUGCUGUUUCCGAAGAAACCCCCGGUGCUACUUCUGAAGAAACUUCCAGUGAGAUUUUCACUGUUGCUUCUGAAGAAUCGUCUACUGCUACUUCCAAUGAGACUGAUGCAUAUUCUGAAGAAUCAUUUGCUGACGCUACUGAAAACACAUACGUUACCGCAACUGGUGAGAAUGGUACACCUUCUGCUGAGACUUCUGCUGCUGGGUCUUAUUAUGUUGCCUCAAGUGGCUCAGAACAUACCAGUUCAAGCCAAUCAGUCUUACCAACUGCAGCCCCAAUCUCCAAUGCAGCAAUUCCAACUGGUCAAAGUAUCAUUCUGAAUGUUUCUGCUCAUAACAAUGCAACUAAUGGGAAAAGCUACCUCAAGAACAAUCUUCUUACUAUCGCUGUUACUAUUGAAAGUGAAGGCAUCCUCAGUCAAGGCACAGAGACUCAGUUCACUCUUCCUCUAGCCUUGUACGGAUAUUUGUCCCCAUAUAACCUCUAUAGUACCGAUGGAAGCUUUGUGGGAACUGUUUCUGACGAUUCUAGUGGACUUUUUACAAUAACCUUCACUGGCGACUAUAUUGCAACACACCAAGACUUGAGUGGUACUUUCACCUUCAACACCCGAAUCGCCUACCUUUCAUCCACCCUCUCGAAACGCGCAGACAAUGAAAUCGAUCUUAGCACCCCUAUCGUUCAGCCUGUCAUUAUUAAUGUUCCAGGUAAUCUGUUCACGGUGGAGUUGGAAUACGAGAAUAUCGCUUCCGUAGCACCAAUCGAAGAAGUUGAUAUUGGUGACGUCUUCGUGUUUGUGGGAAUGUUGGUUUCUUCAUCCUCCAAUGCUGCCUCAUCUGAGACUGAAACGAGUGGAAGUACUGUAACUUCUGGAGAUAGUACUGAAGAUACUGGCGUUCUGACUGGAGGUAGCACUGAAGCAGGUACUCUUACUGGAACUGGACCGGUGACUAAGACCAAUACACUGAAAGUUCUCAUUACUGUCACCUCAUGUUCUGACAAUAAUUGCACCGGUGUACCCACUAUCGCAAUUGAGUCGAAGUAUACUUCAACACUGUUUGGUACUGAAGUCGUUUACACCACCUACUGCCCUUUACCAAGCGAAAGCCAGGAGAAGGUUAUCACUGUGACUGUAACCUCUUGUUCCAAGAAUAAGUGUACCUCCAAGCCUUCUCUUGCCCUUGAGUCUGUUGCAACUGUAACCAAAGAGGGAACCACAAGUUUGCACACCACAUAUUGUGAACUUAGUAUCUCUACAUCUAGUUCCUCUGGUUCCUCUGGUUCCUCUGGUUCCUCUGGUUCCUCUGGUUCCUCUGGUUCCUCUAGUUCCUCUGGUUCCUCUGGUUCCUCUGGUUCCUCUGGUUCCUCUGGUUCCUCUGGUUCCUCUGGUUCCUCUGGUUCCUCUGGUUCCUCUGGUUCCUCUGGUUCCUCUGGUUCCUCUGGUUCCUCUGGUUCCUCUGGUUCCUCUGGUUCCUCUGGUUCCUCUGGUUCCUCUGGUUCUCUGGUUCCUCUGGUUCCUCUGGUUCCUCUGGUUCCUCUGGCACCGUCCCUGUCUUUGCUUCUGCUUCGGCUGUAUUCGAAGGUUCCGCUUCAGCUCAAAAGAGAACCUUAG